AUGGGAGAACAAGAAACAACACGAGAUUCGAUUGGGCGGAACGAUCGGAGUUUUGCACCACCAUUAGUCGGUCCAACUGAAACCGUUGUACUUGUAAAAAUCAUCGAACCUAACAACAACAAGGAGGACGACAAGGAAAAACGAAAAGAAAAACAAAAUCUCGACAGCGAGUCGUCGGAGUCAAAUGACUUAUCCACACCGCGGAACUUUCAGACAAUGGACGUUUCAAGACCAUUUCUUGAUCAACAGAACGAAGCGUCGCGGACGUGUGUGUUACUCUUUGCGUUCGGGUUUGUCAUGCCGUUGUGUUGGAUUGCUUGUGGUGUGAUGUAUUUAAAGUCAUCAGUCAGAACAGAGCGAUUGAUGGGAUAUACGUCCUUCGUCCUUUUUGCUGUCGUUGUUGCGGCAAUUUUCGUCUUGUUUGUUGUUGCUCUCUUAGUCCUCGGCUUUGUCAUCGAUGUUUUUUAA